UUAAUUUGUUGCUUUGCAUGUGGUUCUUUUCUAAUAUUCAAGCUGUACUCUCCUUUUGUUUGAUCCAUUAAGUAUAUCAAUACAAUCAAUACAUGGCAAUAUAUCAUCAGAAAAAUUAUCAGCGGGCAACGAUAGCGAUCUGUAUAUAAGCAGCAGAGUAUAUAAAAAAGAAAGUGUCAGAGAGAGCAUCAUUAUCAUUAGUCGAUGUCACAACUUGCGACUUAAUCAUUAAACGACAAUACAUUACAAAAACAGGAUGGAUUAAUAAACGCAAUAACAACGAAACAACAGCAUUUACUGCAACAAAAAUACUUACCAAGCAUCAGAAUAUCAGCCAGCGCAAAAGUUGAACUGUGUGGGUGUGCAGGCUUACAGGCUAUCACUUUUUUGCAAGCAGGUAGUGUAGGUACCUUAAUUACGUACAAAUUCGUAAAACACUCAUCAGAGGUUUCUGUCAACUGUUUUUUUUUUUUUUUUAUACUAUUGGUUCAACCAAUCUAUAAACUUUUUUUUUGUCUUACUUAUACAAAUGUGUGGUGCGUAAUACUUAUGUCAACCAGAAGUAUUUACACUUUUUUAAGUAUUUAAAACAACCCACAAAAGAAGACCUGAGAAUAAUUUCAGAUUUAGAAGGUAAGCCAAUCAGGUCGUCUCUCCUAAUAACAAUGAGGAAAGAAGAGAAAUACGAUUUGCAAAAGUUUUAAUGGAGAUUAGAAAAGUAAUUGGAAGUAUAUGUACAAGAAGGCUGUUACUUAUUGAAGAAUCCAUUAAUUUUAAGGAAUUUUUGAUAGACUGUUGUGUGUGAUGGAUCAUGCAAUGCAAGUUGAAGAUGCUGUGAAAAGAUUUUAUUCUUCUGGUAAUAAUGAGAUUCACAACUGGCUUUUGCAAGUCCAGGCUUCCAAAGAAGCCUGGACUUUUGUUUGGCAGCUUUUGGAUCCUUCAAAGUCAGGAGAGGUCCAAUAUUUUGCUGCUAAUGCAUUGCAUGAAAAAAUAUCCAAGCAAUGGGAAGAGGUGCCAAAAUCAGAUUACCUAGAUUUAAGAAAUCGUUUAUUUGAAGUUUUGAAGCAUCCUGGAACUUCCACAGUCGUAUUGACAAAGCUAUGUCAGGCGUUAGCUGCUUUUUCCAUGAAAAGCAGUUUGUCACAAAGUGAAGAAAGACAAAGAGAAAAAUGUAUAGUAGAAGAGUUAGUAGAAAUGUUGCCAUACAAUUCGCCAGAAACAGUUGGCCUACUCUUAAGAGUUCUUGAGGCCAUACCAACAGAAGUACGUUCUGACAAAUUUCACAAUGUACUGGAAUGUAACAGACACACCAACAUGCAGACUGAAGCUGAGCAAGUUCAAUGGAUGAAGAUGACAAAACAGCGUGAAAUCAUGAUUCGCAAUUGGCGUAAAACUGCGUGUUUUUUGGAGCAAAUAUUUUUAUCGUGUAGCAUAGGAAACACUCCUGAAAGUGAAGCUUUGUACCUGUUGGGGGUUGAAUGUACCUUAUCGUGGCUGAGAAUUGGUCAGUUACCAUUGGACACGAUAGGACCGAUUUAUCCCCAUUUAUUACUAUCAGCGGCUCAUUUCAUACCAAAAAAAGAUGAUUUGGAGGGUGAAAAUCGUGGGUUGGAAGCAGUGCAGGAUUGUUUGACAAUGGUCGUAACCCAUUCAGAACUGUACAAAUUACCCCAGCUAUUUUGGCACUGGGGCAAAGGCCUUAUUUGCAUGGUCGAACAAUCUGGUGCUCAGCACUAUUACGAAAUUCUUACAGCCUUUGGCGAAGCGCACAGUCGAAAUAUCCUCCUGUCUCUGAUAGAUAACGAUCCGAAUCACCAAGACCACAAACGGACUUCUCAACAGUUGAUAGAAUUUUUGCUGCAGUGUUCGGAGCAAGAAGGCCGCUAUCCAGUCGAGGAGAAACGAAGCUGUAUACCUUUUGGCUUUUGGUACGCUUUGCAGGACGAUAUGGCCACCUUGGAUCCGCCGCUUAACGAGGAGGCCGCAGUCGCUCUCAAACCAAUCUACGCUAGAUUAGCGCACGCACUUCUCAAAAAAUCUACGUUACCGUCGUUGCCCGGUCAAGCUGGCAAUUCCGAGGACCGUGAAUUGUUUAGGUGUUACAGGCAAGACGUUGCAGAUACCCUAAUUUAUUGUUAUAACGUGAUUCAACAAGAUUUAUUUAUAAUGAUCGGACAACAGUUAAGCCAACCGCAAGAAGAUGUUUCUAAAUGGCCCGAGGUUGAAGCGGCCAUUCAUGCUUUUAAGGCAUUGUGUGACAUUUGUACAUUUAAAUUUGUUCAGCCAUACACUGCAGCCAUACUGGAUCUGUUACUGUCGACGCAUAUUCCUUAUCAAAUGUACCCACGAGAAGUAUUGUGCAGCGCGUGCUCAGCAAUCGGCGAUUACGCGGUAGGAAUCGCAAAAAAACCCGAAUACCUAGAACGUGCGCUUCAGCUCGUCAUUCUUGGCCUAACGAGCAGCCCAGAAACAGCGCCGGCAGCAAGUAUGGCUCUUAAGGACAUUUGUCGCGAGUGCGAUGAUACCCUGGCACCUCUGGCGCCGUCGUUACUCGAGACAAUCAGCCAGACACUGAACAACUUUACCUCCGGUGGCGGCGAAGGUUUGCGUCUCAUGUAUGCAGCCAGUAAACUGUUAAAAACGUUACCCACACAUGAAGAACAAGUUAAGCAUCUCGAGGCUACAAUAGGCAGGUGUUUAGCAAGGAUGAGGGAGCUCUGUCAGCUACCGGUCAAGGAAGCGCAACAGGCGAUAAUCAACGAACUGAAAAUGGUCACCAUCUUCUUCUCGAAUCUCGAGGGCCCCAUCACCAACACAGUGCUCCAGGCGGUUUUUCCGAUUUUCGAAGGGCUGGUCUACCAUCCAGAAUGGGGCAGGGAGGAGAAAACAAUGGAAGCAGUAUUCACCUGUUUGCACAAAGCCUUGCCAGUGUUAGAUCAGCCGAAAAACGAAGUCGAACGCCUUACCAGGCUACUUAACGAAUCUUACAAAAAGUGUCCGAUUCCGGUUUCUCUGAAUUUCCUUAAAACACUGGUCACGAUGUUUGGUCGGAGUCCGGAAACCGUUAUCGUGUCCGUUUUCAGCGAAAUCAACAAUAGCACGUUGCGCAGUUUAGUCACCAGUCAAAUGAGUGGUGGUAGUCUGUCGGAAUUCGGGGAUUUGCUUGAAGCCUACCUGGGCCUUCUUGCGAAAGUUUGCGUUUUGUGUCCGAGAUUUUUACUGCUCGUACCCGAUGAAGUGCCCGAGAUGCUACGUAUCGGGAUGGCCUGCCUACUUUUACCCGAAAUGCCAUUAUCGAAGGCCGCUGCUUCGUUCUUGAAGCAUGCGAUAAGUCAAAGCCCACAUCUGCAAACUUUUAUCCAACCAAUUGGCCAAGAACUGAUUCACAUCAUUGUACACAGUAUAGCAGAUUUGUCUCGACCCCGUGUCUUGGAACCAUUUGCUGAAGUCCUGUUAGUAACGAAUAAAGCCUGCAGCACCGAACGAAUGACUCAAUGGUUAAAGUUGGCUCUCCAAGACUAUCCCAUGAGCGACAAAGUUAAGACAGAUUUCAUGCAGUCGGUUCUACGCGAGCGCAUCAAUUACAGACGAAUGUGCGACAUACUCCAACGUUUUAAAUUACUCUUCCAGGAACAGUGUGCUCAGCAAUCAUGGAAACCUGGAGAUAUAAAUAAUUAUGUUAAUCUCUCCUUGAAUCAAAAUCUGUAUCAAUUCAGAAUCAAUUCAUAGUAUAACGUUUUUUAUCAAAUAAAAAUUAUCUUUAUGUACUAAACAUGAAGUACGUGUACCUGUAAACUUACAAUGUUUUCCGACAAUAUUAAAUAACUUUUAGUCAAAUUGCUUUCUUAGUUUACGGUAAUCAAAUAUUUUAU